AAAUUUCCAAAUAAAAAAAACAAACUGUCAAAUUAUUUGCAACAAGCAAUGAAAAACUGUGAAAAUAGCUAUACAAAUUAACGAAAAAACUGUAUAAAAAUUAAUAAAAAUCCUAUUAAAAUAAUGGCAAAGUGUAUGGGAUAAUAACUAAUCAAUGAAUACAUAAAAUAUUGAGGUGUGACAAAUAAAAUUUCUGAUACAAUUGAAAAAAAAAAAAUUUUAAGCAUCGCGUAAAGUAAAAAAAAUUGGAUAAAGUAUAUGAAGAGGCAAGACACUGACAGUGAAGACAAAAACAAAGACUACGGAAUUCGAAAGAAUUUUUGUUUUUUAUUCAUAUUACCCCAGCAUUUUGGGGGUCAAUUGUAAUUGUAAAGAAAAAGGAUACCAAAUAACAACAAAUUUUACAAGCACACAAGGCUACUAAACUAUUACAUAGAAUGGAUGAUACAAUGAAGGUUAAGGAUCAAUGUCAUAAUGCCAGCACAACUACAACUAAUGACAAGGUCAAUGCAGAAGCCUUAUUGUCGUUGCAACAGCAGCAGCAUCACAGCACUAAUGUUGAUGGUAACUCAGCCGUUGGGACAGAUGCUGAAGAUGCCACUGCCCACGUAGUGGUGGAGCAAAUGAAUAAUGAAUCUAGUAAUGCUGGUUCUGAGAGUCCAGACGAAAGCAAUGGCAAAUUGUUGUAUCAUAUAAAUAUGUUGCCGGAUGAAAUGUUGGAAUUUAUUUUAACCUAUUUACCGCCCUAUAAGGAUUUGGAAAAUUGUAGUUUAGUAUGUAAACGAUGGCAGGAUAUUGUGAAAAAUCUUAUACGGCGUUCGCGUAUUAAUCUGCACAAAGGCUUACAAGAUUUUCGUUUGUGUUGGCAGGUAUUCUCCCAACAAACGGCUACCUCUAUCGAGGCCAAUAAUGGCAGCAUUUGCAAUAGUCCCACAACACCUAUAAUAGCUGGACGUUUUUCGCAUUCCGCUGUACGUCAUGGUAAUUCGAUGUACAUUUUUGGUGGCGGUUCUUCAUCCGAUACAACAUUUAACGAUCUUUGGCGUUUCGAUUUAUCGGAAAUGCGUUGGGAACGUCCCUUGUCCAUGGGUUCGUAUCCAUCGCCCAAAGGCAGUGCCUCAAUGGUGGCGUGGAAAGAACAACUAGUACUGUUUGGUGGUUGGCGUUAUCCCUCUUUGCAUCCUCCCUACCAGCCUUGGUGUUUGUUCGAUGAAUUACACUACUAUGACUUGGCGACAAAUCGUUGGUCUGUGGUAAUGACCAUGUCAAGACCACCACCCAUUGCUGGACAUUCUGCCAGUGUUCAUGGUGAUAUUAUGGUGAUAUUUGGUGGCUAUCAAAUAUCGGAUGGUGUCAAUUCGAAUUCUAAUGAAACUUGGUGUUUAGAUUUGAAGGAGCAUCGCUGGUGGCAGCCCUUGUUUUUGGGUAGUAUUAAGCCACCAGCACGUUAUGGUCAAUUUCAAUUGGUUUUAGACGAGAAACAUUUACUUAUAGUGGGUGGUUGUGGUGGUCCUAAUAGUGUAUAUUCAGAUGCUUGGCUGCUGGAUAUGACGAGAGAUUUAUGGAUGUGGAAAUCGAUACCAGUGCGUAAUAAAAAGUUUUCCGCUUCUCAUAUGUGGUGUAAUCCUGCCUGUAAAAUAGACUCGAAAUUGGUAGUUUUAGGACCUACUCCAAAUAUGCCUCAAGAUUUUCAAUUGAUGAAACAAACUAGAGUUCCUGUAGGUGGCGGUCUUCCAGCGCCACGUUUAGCGGCCCGUGGUCAAAAUCAGCACAAUAAUCCGCUUAAUAGACCAGUAGGUGGGGGCGGCAAUGCUAAUCCGGUGAUACGAAUACCCGCCCAUAAUCACAAUCGUUUACAAAAUAAUCGCUUAAAUGGUGCUGGUAAUAUACCACGUGAAGGACCGGAUGAUCAGUACUUUGCUCAGCGUAGAGCAAUUUUAAAUCAGCAUCAACAAAAUGCAAGCAAUAAUAAUUUCAUUAACAAUCACAAUCAAAAUAGCAAUUUUCAACCACGUAGUGGCAGCAUUAGAGAGCUACACACUUCGCCGGAAGAAAGAAAUCACAAUCGUCCUUCCACUUCGGGUCUGGCCACGUCACCACGUCUGAAUGGCUCCGCCUCUACGCGUAAUGACAACGAUGUUUUAGCUGUUGGUCGUAAUGGCGGUGCUGGCGUAGGUGGUGGUCUGGAUCAAGAAGCGGCUAAUCGACUGCAGCGUAAUCUCGCUUUAAGAUGUCGCGAAAAUGAACCUUUACUGCCUAAAAGAUUUGAUGAGCUAUACGAAGAUCCAUUUCGUAUGGCAGCCUUCAAUGUACAAAACCGUCCAAGAUCCUUAUCGAAAGAUCACAAUGAACGCAUACGCCGCAUGGAGGAGAAAAUGAAUGCUUUGCGUAACUCGCGACGCAAUGCCAUGGCUGAGCAGAAAUCCAUUAAGGAACCUUCACCCAAACGCAUUAAACGUAAUGUACUCUCACUGUUUGUAUGUGAUCUGUCGCAUGCUCUAUCGGAAUUGGAUCCCUAUUUGGAGUGGUUGGAAUAUAAGAAUUAUGGUGUCAUACCCGGAGCUCCCGAAAGACUUAUUCUCUCUACCAUGGUUCCCGGCCACGGUGAACUAAUAUUGUUUGGUGGUGUUCACAAAGAAACUUUAAGUGAAAUUACCCAUCAAGUUUCGAAUACCAUACAUUUCUUAAGUGCUCCUAGAGAUAUAGUUUAGAUUGAAGUUUGAAACGUCUGAGUUGAUAACUGCUGGAGUGAAAUGUGAAUUCUUUCUGUGAAAUAUGUGUAUGUGUGUUUAAUGAUUUAUUUAAGAUGAUCUCCUUAAAUUUCUGUUGGAGAAAUUUCAACCGUACAAGAUUUAACUAAAAUGAUGCUUAAAUAUUAAUUUUAUUAUAAUUGUAUGAUGAUGCAGCACUCUCUAAGCUUCUUGCAUGGUUUUCUUUUUUUUCUAAUUACUAAUAUUUUCUUUCUUUGUAAGUUAAAGAAUAGUUUUUUUUCUUUCAUUUUCGAUUUAAUUUCUUAUUUUUAAGCCAUUGUGUUUAAUUUCUAUUAAAAGAAAAUUUUUAGUUAACAAAAUACAAAGUAUUUGUUAAAAUUAAACAAGCUGUCUACACUGCUCUUACCUAAUAAACAAAAAUUCAAAAUGCGAUAUUAAGAAGUAAAAAAACAAACUCUAUAAAUAAAGUAAAAGCUGCCAUGUAGCACGCUAAUAUA